GCGGGGUCGGACGCAGAGCCGGGAGCUCGGCCGCUGGGCUCCGGCUGCUUGCGGGGCUCGGCGCCAGUUCCGGGCAAGCAUGGCGGUGGAGGAAGAGGGGCUCCGGGUCUUCCAGAGCGUGAAGAUCAAGAUCGGGGAAGCCAAAAACCUCCCCAGCUACCCGGGGCCAAACAAGAUGCGGGACUGCUACUGCACCGUGAACCUGGACCAGGAGGAGGUUUUCAGGACCAAGAUCGUGGAGAAGUCACUCUGCCCCUUCUACGGAGAGGACUUCUACUGUGAGAUCCCACGGCGCUUCCGCCAGCUUGCCUUCUACAUCUUCGACAGAGACGUCUUCCGGCGGGCCUCCAUCAUAGGGAAGGUGGCCAUUCAGAAGGAGGACCUGCCAAAGUACCACAACAGGGACACCUGGUUCCAGCUGCAGCACGUGGACGCUGACUCGGAAGUGCAGGGCAAGGUCCACCUGGAGCUGCGGCUGAAUGAGGUCAUCACCGACACAGGCAUCGUCUGCCACAAACUGGCCACACGCAUCCUCGAGUGCCAGGGCCUCCCCAUCGUGAACGGGCAGUGCGACCCCUAUGCCACUGUGACCCUUGCGGGACCUUACAGGUCGGAAGCAAAGAAGACAAAGGUGAAGAAGAAGACCAACAACCCCCAGUUUGACGAGGUGUUCUAUUUCGAGGUGACCAGGCCCUCCAGCUACAGCCGCAAGUCCCACUUCGACUUUGAGGAGGAGGACGUGGACAAACUGGAAAUCCGGGUGGACCUCUGGAACGCCAGUAACUUGAAAUUUGGAGACGAGUUUCUGGGAGAGCUGAGGGUCCCACUGCAGGUGCUGCGCCAGUCCAGCUCCCACAAGGCCUGGUACUUUCUCCAGCCCCGAGACAAUGGCAGUAAGAACCUAAAGCCAGGGGACCUGGGGUCCCUGCGGCUGAACGUGGUUUACACGGAGGACCACGUCUUCUCCUCUGACUCAUACAGCCCCCUGCGGGACCUGCUGCUCAAGUCAGCGGACGUGGAGCCUGUCUCAGCGUCUGCGGCGCAUGUCCUGGGCGAGGUCUGCAGAGAGAAGCAGGAGGCGGCCAUCCCACUGGUGCGGCUCUUCCUGCACUAUGGCCGCGUGGUGCCCUUCAUCAGCGCUAUUGCCAGCGCAGAGGUGCAGCGGACACAGGACCCCAACACCAUCUUCCGAGGAAAUUCCUUGACAUCCAAGUGCAUCGACGAGACGAUGAAGCUGGCAGGGAUGCAGUACCUGCAUGUCACCCUGAAGCCCACCAUAGAGGAGAUCUGCCAGAGCCACAAGCCCUGCGAGAUCGACCCCGUGAAGCUGAAAGACGGUGAAAGCCUCGAAAGCAACAUGGAGACGCUGCGGCAGUACGUGGACCGUGUCUUCAACGUCAUCACCAAGUCGGGAGUGAGCUGCCCAACUGUCAUGUGCGACAUCUUUUUUUCUCUCCGCGAGGCGGCUGCCAAGCGCUUCCAAGAUGACCUGGACGUGAGGUACACGGCUGUGAGCAGCUUCAUUUUCCUGAGGUUCUUCGCUCCUGCCAUCCUGUCCCCCAACCUCUUCCAGCUCACACCUCACCACACGGACCCACAGACGUCCAGGACGCUGACUCUCAUCUCCAAGACCAUUCAGACUCUGGGCAGCUUAUCCAAGUCAAAGUCCGCCAGUUUUAAGGAAUCCUACAUGGCUACAUUUUAUGAAUUCUUCAACGAGCAGAAGUAUGCUGAUGCAGUGAAGAACUUCUUGGAUUUGAUCUCGUCCUCCGGAAGAAGAGACCCCAAGAGCAUAGAGCAGCCCCUCCUGCUCAAGGAGGGGUUCAUGAUCAAGAGAGCGCAAGGACGGAAACGCUUUGGGAUGAAGAAUUUCAAGAAAAGAUGGUUCCGCCUGACGAACCACGAAUUCACCUACCAGAGAAACAAAGGAGAUCCUCCGCUGUGCAGCAUCCCCAUCGAGAACAUCCUGGCAGUGGAGCCGCUGGAGGAGGAGUCCUUCAAGAUGAAGAAUAUGUUCCAGGUCAUCCAGCCAGAGCGAGCCCUGUACAUCCAGGCCAACAACUGUGUGGAGGCCAAGGCCUGGAUUGACGUGCUCACCAAGGUGAGCCAGUGCAACCAGAAGCGACUCACCGUCUACCAUCCCUCCGCCUACCUCAACGGCCACUGGCUGUGCUGCAGGGCCUCCUCGGACACGGCCACCGGCUGCUCCCCCUGUACCAGCGGCCUCCCAGCAAACAUCCAGCUGGACAUUGAUGGGGACCGUGAGACAGAGCGCAUCUACUCCCUCUUUAACUCCUACAUGAGCAAGCUGGAGAAGAUGCAAGAGGCCUGUGGGAGCAGAUCCGUGUACGAUGGGCCAGAGCAGGAGGAGUACUCGACCUUCAUCAUCGAUGACCCCCAGGAGACUUACAAGACACUGAGGCAGGUCAUCGCCGGGGUUGGGGCCUUGGAGCAGGAGCACGCGCAGUACAAGAGGGACAAGUUCAAGAGGACCAAGUAUGGGAGCCAGGAGCACCCCAUCGGGGACAAGAGCUUCCAGAGCUACAUCAGGCAGCAGUCUGAGGUCUCCACCCACUCCAUGUGAGGCCGCCCCACAAAGCCGCCUGUGGAGGAGGAGACAAGGUGGAACCAACGAGCAGGGGACCCGCGGUGUCAGUGGGAGACAGAGUCCCGAGCCCCUGGCCUCCCAGGCUCCGGGGCCAUCUCUGUGGUUGCACUCACCUUAUUCACGCUGGUGGCCAGGACGGAGCUGGCCUUUCUAGAGCGAGGGGCCAGUCAUGUGCAUGGCCGCAAUGCGCUUCUGCCCACAUGCACCUUCGCUGGCUCUGCGGCCUGCCCGGGCCCCUGGCUCUCCUUCAUGGCUCCGCUUCGCUCGGCCGGACACUCAGCAUCUUCUUUCCCCGGAGCCUGUGGUCCUAUGGCCGUGGCGAGGCUCCAGGCUCAGCUCUGCGAUUUGGCUCCUUCCUGCUGGAGGUCCGUUUUGUGCUGGGUUGUGUGGAACGGCACUGAGAUCCCAACUGGAGGACGCCCUUGGCGUUUGGGGGCACCGGGGUCCUCCUGCAGAGUUCCUGGGGGUCCAGUCUUGCCUGCGGAGAUUGGAGCCUCGCCUCACCAGCCACUGAGAUGAGCCAGGGGCUGAGCCGUGUCUGCUGGGCCCUCUUCAGGCACAGAUUGUGUUGGUUUGCCGUCCACGGGCUUAAAAGUAGAAUCCACGUUUACCACCCUUUGUGGAAGUUUGGGGAAGAUUUUUAAAAUAGAAAUGUGUAUCAUAUUCAAGCUGUCUUUCCUAAUGUUUUUAAAGGACCGUUUUUUUAUUAGCCCUUUGAUACAAAGUAACUCAGAACAUCCAGCCUGUUCUCACUGAAGGGGAGGGUGCUGCAUGAGGGUGAAAUGGGCCGUGUGUCUCACGGAGCCGAUUAAAGGUCCUCCAGGGAGAAUCAGGGAGGGAGGAAUGCUGAGUUGGAAGCAGGCACCUGCCGUGCAGACACCAGGCCCAGGAGCAGGGAUCCACUGUCUUUGAAGCCCCCAGGAGCUGUCAGGGCCACAGAGGGCUGUGCUCCUCCUGGGUGGGGUCCUGACAGGGGCGGUCAGCCCCCCAGCUGUUUGCCAACUUCUCCCAGACGGUCCUCACGCCACAGGUGCCGGCUUCAGAAAGUGCUGUUCGGAUGCGUGGGACCCUGUGCCUAUCUCUGUUCUUGUUUGCAAGCACUGUCCCUCAGACUCUUCAUCUAGAUGGCAGAUAGUAAGUUACUUGUCACAAUAAUGGAGGAGGAAAAUGUUGGAAAAAGUAAACUUUGGGACACAGCCAUUAGGCUGCAUCGAACUGCAAUUUUUAACACGGAUUUGUAACUUAAUGUCUCUGUUUAUAAGAUACUAACGACUUGCAAUGUAUUUUACUGGCCAAUUAAAGCAGACAUUCUCUUCUUUCUGAG